CUCCUAGCAACAUACUUGUCACGGUAGUGUGUGUGUACGGGUGUGGUAGGACAAGGGCGGGCGGGUGUCAUAGUAGGUAGUGUCAGUGAAGUCUCAGUCCGGGGGUGGAUUGUCAGCACAGAUCACGGAGGACUCGGGACAGGAGAGGACAUGAAAGGAGUGGGGGUGUCUGAAGAAGGGGCACCCCUGCUGGCUCUGUGGCACCUGGUCACCACCCUUCCUACAGAGCAGCGCAUUUUCCUUGUGGGGCAGUUCUCUGCGUUGAUCCUGGCCUUUUUGUUCCGAUACUACCUACCUCCCUCUCAGUAUGGACCAAGAAUCAGACAUAGCGUGGCCUCCUUGCUGGGAAUCUGCUUGUCAGUCUACUGUUUUGGAUGGCUCACCCUAUUCCUGAUAGGAGAAGUUUUCUUAUGCUACCUCAUGCUUCUUUUUAUUGAUCCCAGGAAAGUACACGUGUAUACUUUGUUCCUGACCAUGGCAUAUCUCACAUUCUUCCACAUACGACGAUAUGCAGACCCAUUUGUAGAUGAACUGGACUUCACUGUGACUUUAAUGACACUGACCCAAAAAUUAAGCAGGGCGGCUUUUGAAUACCAUGAUGGUGCUAUCCACAAUGAUCAAUCCCUAAGCCCCUCACAGAGACGCCUUGCGAUCCGGUCUCCACCUGGACUCCUGCCAUACUUCAGUUACACUGUGGGGUUUUUAGGACUUCUUGCUGGUCCUCUUUGUUCCUUCAAUGACUACCAAAUUUUUAUACAUGGUAAUGAGAAAAUAGGAAACCCAAAUGUGGCAGUAUGCAAGAAGUUGACCCUGUUCUGUGUUCUGCUGGCUAUCCAUGUUUUAGUGUCGGAUCGGUUCUCUAUAUCUAAUGAUCCAGAACGCUCAUUAUUUGGUCAGUUCUCAGAUCUCUAUCUGAUAGCAGCCGCAAGAAGACCCAAGUACUAUAUUGCCUGGACUCUAGCGGAUGCCAUAAACAACGCAGCUGGCUUUGGGUUUAAUGGAAUCUCUGACGAUGGAAAGGAGAGAUGGGAUAUGUUGACCAACCUAAAUAUAUUAAGAAUUGAGACAUCUACUAGCUUCAAAAUGUUUAUUGACAACUGGAACAUUCAAACAGCAGUGUGGUUAAAAGAGGUGUGUUAUGACCGAAGUCCAUACAACCCACUGUUGUCCACUUUUGUGCUGUCAGCAGCUUGGCAUGGUGUACAUCCAGGAUAUUACUGCACAUUUCUCACUGCUGUGCCCAUCACCUUAGCAGCCCGUAGGGUGAGGCAAAACAUACGUCCAUUGUUUCAACAUACAGCAUUACACAGAUUUGUUUAUGAUGUAAUCACUUGGGUUUCUACACAAAUAACAAUGUGUUACACCGUGGCUCCCUUCAUAAUACUAGAGCUUGGACCAUCACUGCAGCUAUACAGAUCUUUGUUCUUCUGCUUGCACAUUCUUCCUGUCUUGCUGCUCAUGGUUUUACCUCAAAGAAAAAGAUCUGUCCCUGUGAAAGAAAGCUCUGCAGAGACACCUUGUGACCGUAACGACAACCACCUGAAGAAGGAAAAGUAGUGAGCACUUUCUUCACACCAGACCCAGAAUGUUAUACAAAACGGAGAUGCGUGUUACUUAAAGUGACUGUCAUUUUUAUUUAAUUUUUUAAAUAACAAAUAGGUUUAUAUUUACCUGCUCUGUGCAAUGGAAUUGCACAGAGCGGCCAAUAACCUCCUUUUCUUGUGUCCCCCGCUGGCGCUCCCGGCUCCUCCUCUCUGGCGAGUGCCCCCAUAGAAAGCUGCUUUCUAUGGGGGCACUCGUGCAAGCUCGCUGUCUGCAUGUAUAGACACAAACAAGGGGUCUCGACCCUGCCCCUGCUCCCUUGUCACUGGCUUUGAUUGACAGCAGCAGGAGCUAAUGCCUUCCGCUACCUCAGCAAAGCUUGUGAGACCAGGAAGUGAGGGGAGAAAAAAGCUGCAGACGCGUGCAGUACUGGAUCGAAUGAGGGCUCAGGUAAGUAAUUGGGGGACGGGGGGACGGUGGGAUAUGAAUGCUUCAGCAUUUUCUAACUUGAAGUGGUUGUAAAGUCAGAAGAGCCGAAGAAGGAUCUGAGAAGAGGGGGAUCUGGGCUGUACUGUGCAAAACCCCUGCAUAGGGCAGGUAAGUAUAACAUGUUUGUAAUUUUUAGAGAAACAAAAAUUAGACUUUACAAUCACUUUAAUGCAGGGA